AUGGCUGAUGAAGAGGCAGCCGAUGUGCCCCCUGAGCCUGUGCCACGAGUGACUGAAGAGGAGCUGGAAGCUCGAAAAGGAGUCUUUGAUCAGAUCUUCGCUGGCUAUGAAGCGCUGGAGGUCAAGCAGAAAUCCAUGGCCGAAAGGCGUGAAAAAGAGGCGCCACCUCCUCCGCCUGAAGAUGGGGACGCUGUGGAAGAACCACCAGAGACAACGCCAAACAUUGCCCUGGCCUACAGCGAGCUGAGCUUCUCCAUUGUCGAUCGAUUCGUGAACCUGGUGAAGGAGAAGUGUGGCCCCAUGUAUCCAGGGCAAGGUGUAUUCCUGGACUUUGGGAGUGGCUGCGGCAAGAAUUGCUUGGCUGCUGCACUUUUACACCCAUUUCAGAAGGUGGUCGGCAUCGAAGCUUUGCAGAGCCUCAAUGAUAUCGAGGCCGCCGUCCAGGCCAAGUAUGCUGAGGCUGAACUUCCCGAGGGACUGGUGAAGCCGGAGAUCAGCUUCGUGAAAGGUGAUUUUGUGUCAGAGUUUGACACCCUCCUGGAGACGAUUGCUCCAGAGGCAACCUUUGUUGUGGCGACCGCCACCACAUUUGGAGACCCGGAGAUGCAGGCAGUUGCCAAGUUGGCGCAGAAGAUGCCGCAAGGCGCCUCGCUAUUCACCGUCACGCAGAAGCUGGAGGAUGCCCUGGUGGUAGAUGUGAACCGCGCGCCGCGGCAGCGCCGCUUCUUGGCCACGAAGAAGGCCUUGGCGCAGCGCGGAGUGGAGCCCACAGGCAUCGAGAUUGAGCUUGAGCCAGCAGAGAAUGAUCUGAAUGGUUGGAGGCUGAUGCAUUCAGAGCCCCUGGAGUUGGAGUGGGGCACAACCACCUGUUACCUGUACAAGAAGUACUGCUAUCCUUUCUGCGAUGUGGGCGACGUCUGCAUGGCCACCGGCUUGCCGGAAGCAGACCAGACUGUGAUGCCAGCGUACUAUGUGGGGCCGACAGCUGUACGGUACAUGGAUGACCUGUCAGAAAAAGAGGUUGAGGUGAGCAAGAUUGCCCCGUUCUGCGAGGAAAGUCGCAAGAAGGCCGUGAACCUUUACCAGCAGAUGAAGCUGGAAACCCUCAAGCAGCUGGCGGCCUCAAAGAGUGCGGAGGAAGUAGCAGAUGCCUUGGCACUGAUACGGACAGACAACGAGGCCUUUGCACAGGAUGGUAAGGUGGAGGCUACGGACAUUGCGAGGCUUCUGGAAGCUUUGUCUGAAGGGUAUGGUGUUCCGCCCGGCGAGAAGGUGGCCCAGGUGUUAGGCUCCCACUGGACGGAUGCCUGCGCCGAGCUGGACACGGAGGGCACAGGAGCGUGGGGAGGAGCCCUCCAGGAAGAGCAGCUUCAGACGGUCUGGGGCAAGGUGAAAGGUAAAAUAGCGGGCAUGGUUGAAAGUAAGCUUAUGGAGUUGAAGGGAGAGCGUGUGGGCCUCGACGAAAGGAAGCCCGGACAGACGCCACGAAAACACAAGGCCGUCGAGGGCCUUGGUUUGGUCCAGCUGGGCUCGCAGCUUCAUCGCAUCCGCGAUCAGCCACAGGAGCACAACGCAUCUGCACUGGUGCCGCUGCUGGAGGUUGAGCAGGACGUGAGCGGUGCUGCACAGCUGGCCUUUCUCGAGGAUGGCAGGACGGUCCUUGGCCUUGUGCCGAACGGCACUUUGCUGAUGUACCAUCUGGAGUCCACUGCACCGUUGCAUUUGCGAUUGCCACAAGGGGAUGGUGCAGAGUGGCUUGGUCUUUGCUCUCCCGGAGGUCGCGAAGUCUUCUUGGUUGGCAGGGCGAGCAGGUCUAGCGAUUUCGGCAUUUGGAGGACGUACCUUCCUGCGUGGCUUUGA